UCAGAAUGUCCAAUAAAGUAUUAAAUGGACCCUCUGCUAGCAGUAAUGGCAACAGCAGUGCUGAACCAGUACCAACACCGCCGACACCAACGCCUUUACCAUCAACAUCAAAGGUGCCCAAACCACGGAUGAAGAGGCCUGCGCCGCCACCACUUCAGGCAAAAAUCAAGCGUAAGAGAACACCAACAGAUACAUAUCAAUCACACAUUGUGGCGGCAGCCCAACAGACACGUGGUCUGUCAUUACCAGUGGAGAAAAAAGAAGUCUACUACAAUAAAGGAGACUAUCUUGCUGUCAGGAAUGAAGCAGGAUCCUAUUAUAUCUGUCAAACGGCCCACAAUGUUUACAAAUCAACAAAGAUCUUCAAAGUGAGAUGGUUUGAAUUGGAGAACCCACCAGAUGUGUAUGGCGUUGCUUACUAUGACACCAUUGAAAUGGACAGCGUUUUAACUGACAUCGCCAUGGAGAGGAGAGAGCGAGAUAAAUUCUUUCUCCCAAGAAAGGAGAGGGAUAGAAUCGAUUUGAUUCUAGAUAAAGCAAAGCAGAAGGAAGAAGGGAAACUAGACGAACAAGAGGAAGCCAGAAUUCUUGCUAUCGGUAUGAAUGAUAUCAAUGAUGGAUACCUUGAUGACGAGGAGGGGGAGGAGGAUGAAGAGAUGAAGGAGGAUAGAGAUUACGUAAUUGAUGAUGAUGAUGAAGAUGAUGAAGAUAUGGAUAUAGAGGAGAGUCCUAAACCGAGCGUUAGUACCGGCCGACGAGGAAGACCGCCUAAAGUUAGACCAACUAUAAAGGCUAAAUUGGUGGUAAAAGGAAAGAGAGGUCGGCCACCAGGAAGUAAGAAUAAAUCUAAGAAAAAGAAGCGAGGGAAGCCAGGACGGAAACCUAAGCUCAUCGAGAAGAAAUCAAAGAAACACAAAAUGAAAGAGAUUAAAGUGAAAGAUGUGAACAGGAAGUUGAAACCAAAUAAUGCGAUUGAAAUUGUCAGCAAAGAUCCUGCAUUUGAAGUGAGGAAUGAGUGUGAUAUGCCUGAGAUAUCACCACUUUUUAAAUGUAAAAAGGCAAUCCGAGCUGUUUUGACCAAUGACAUGAAAUUACUUAAAGAUUUGAUUGAUGACCCAAAGAAUGUUGCCGGGGUGUUUGUGAAUCGCAGUGUUGACUUAGAGUAUGAUGCACUCACCUAUGCGAUCAGUCAGAAUAAUCAACAAGCGGUCAAAUUACUAGCAGCAGAUAUAAAAGAACCCAAGACAGACCGUGUUGAACUUCCUGAAUCUUUGCUUGAAGCCCAGUCAACUGGAAGCUAUAAUUUCCUGUCUCUUGGACAUGCUGUGCGGUCAAUCAGCCAAAGUAGAGGCAGCAGAGAAGGCAAUAAUGCUUUCACUAAAGAAAGUGGUAUUUCAUCCCCUGAUUCAAGGUCGUAUGUGCGUUUUGCAAUGGAGAAAGGUGUCAAUAAAGCUAUGUUCAAUCUUCUUGUUGCAACUCUGCCUCGAUUCAAGGAGUCCUGUUUUGACAUGGUUCAUAUUGCUGUUCAAAAUGGUCAUCAUAAACUGGCUGGUCACAUUAUUGAAAUGGCGGAAAAAUCUGGAGGACGUGGCUUUAACUUCCUUCACAAAGAAGUUUUACUUAAUGACAAUGAAGAACUGAGUCCAUUUAAGUCUGUAUCUGUGCGAAAGAAACCCAUCGAGAAUAAUCUGAUUCUACCAUUACACUGUGCAGCCAUCAAUCCUAAUGUUAAGUAUCUGACCAAGCUGUUGGCAGCGUUACCAGACUACAGUGCUCCGGAUAGGUUAGGACGUAAACCAAUACAUUAUGCCGCAGCAUCCGAAGGCACAGCUACGUUGGAAUUACUGCUUUCAAGAGGUAUGAACCCUGAGGAAACAGACAAUAUGUGUUUAACUCCAUUGAUGGUUGCAGCAAAAACAGGACGAGUGCAUAAUAUAGAAAUAUUAGCUAAGAAAAUAAAAGAUUCCAAGAAUCGUGAUGAAGACGGUGGUGGUUUUCAGAUUGAUAGAACAGACAGGGCAACAUAUACAGCCUUGCACUAUGCUGCAGAGAACGGCCAUGUGGAUGUGGUACGUGCCUUAGUUAAGCAUGGCGCUGAUGUUGAGAAGGUACUUAGUGCAGGACGCAAUAAAAUGACGCCGGUCAUGUUGGCUGCAAGGAAAGGAUAUCUACCCACAGUCAAAGCUCUGAUAGAUGUAGGUGCUGCUGUUGAAAAGAGAGACAAAUUAAAGCGAACAGCCUUAAUCCAUGCUGUGAUGAAUGGUCACUACCCUGUGGUUUGUUAUCUACUGAGAAAGGGUGCCAAUCCUAAUGUGAGUGAUUCAUCGGGAAAUACAGCCGCACAUUAUGCUGCAGGUUAUGGUUGGUGGUACUGUCUAAAAGUGUUACUAGCUGCUGGAUCUGAUAUCAAUACACCUAAUGACUGGAAGACAACACCACUGGGCAUUGCUGUAAUGCAGGGUAAUACUGGCUGUGCCGAUCUCAUACUGGAACAAGAAGGUGUAGAUGUGAAUUUCCGAGAUGAGAAUGGAUGUACUAUGGUGAUGCUUGUAUGUGGCAGCACGCUUGGCAAAGGUCUUACCUCUCAAUUGAAAUACCUAGUACAAGAUAAGAAAGCUGAUGUCACACUGACUGACAUCAAUAAGAACAAUGCAUUGCAUCAUGUUGCCUGUAACAAUAUUAAAGUACAGUACUGGGACACUAUUGAUACCAAGAAAGUGUCAGUGAGUUUGGAUGUUGCCAAGAUCCUUUUAGACAAUGGAUGUAAUCCGUCCACAGUGAAUACAUUAGGAGAAACGCCUAUUGCCAUGGCAAUACAGCAGAAUAAUACUAAGUUAGUACAGCUGUUGGUAGAUAGAGGUGGUAAACUUCUAACUGAAGACAGUGAUAUUAGUAAAAUUGGAGAAAACAUACUUCAUAUUAUGGCCAAGCAGUGUAUGGCUAAUGAUCUCUCCAUUCUUAUUGAAACAUUUGUGAAAACGAAAUCUGGUGGUAAUGAUUGUGGUGAUGGUGAUAAAGAAAAUUCAGUAUUACAUAAGAUGAGUAUGCAGAAAGAUAAGGAGGGUUUCACGCCAUUACUACGAUGUGCUGCAGUAUAUGCAGAUUUCAAUCCAGAAGCACAGCACAGUAAAAACGAAUCCGAAAGACAGAAGAUGAUGGAAAACGGACGCGCUAUGUUAAAGGUGUUUAUUGAAAAGAUAAAGGCUGAUGUGAACUGCCAGGUCGGCAAGCGAGAGAAGAUACUUGAUACAGAAGAAGAUUAUAAUACCAGAGGUUUACAAAGUAUAUCACAUGUGUUAAUAAGCACCAAUGAAAAGCCUGUGAAAGAAGGUGAUAAAACAACAGAUAGACCUGCCCUAAGUAUGAUACUUAAACAUGAACCAAAUUUAAACCUUCGAGAUAAGGAUGGCAACACCCCAUUGUUGUUGGCGAUCCACCAGAAGAAUAAAAAUGCAGCAGAAAUGCUUAUUUCAGCAGGAGCUGAUGUCAACGCUGCAUCGGAAAAUGAAAAAGAAGAUGGAAAAUCAUUACCCAUCAUUCUUGCUGCUAGGGAAGGACUGUAUGGUAUUGUAACUAAGAUUAUAAACAAGGGAACUAAUGUGAACGCAGUUGAUUGUAGAAAUGAUAAAACAGCUCUGCAUUUUACAUGCAGCUACAUCACAUCUGGCCAUGAGACAGCAUCAGCCGUGAGGUCACUUAUAGAAGCAGGAGCUGACGUAAAUGCUAUGGAUAAUAAGCUGUGUACUCCAUUACACUAUGCCGUGAAUAGCAAUACUGGUGGACCAGACUCGUCCGUAGAAACAGAGGAAAUUCUGCUGGAAAAAGGAGCAAACCCCUUAGUGAGAGAUAAAUACAAUAGACUGCCAUUGCAUUAUGCAUUAGUUAAAAUGGGUGAACAUACUGAUAAAUCACAACUAGAUCCUAUUGAAGUGGUUAGCUUAUUAACUAAAGCUAUGAAUGAUAAAGGAGUUGAUAGUACAGAUAAAUAUGGACAAUCGGUAUUACAUAGGGCUGCAUUCAGAGGUGCUGCAAUAUCCUGCCUUCAUAUUACAACUCAUAAAGCCAAGUGGAGGAUAGACUUAGAUCAAAAAGAUAACCAUGGUAAUACGCCAUUAGGUCUGGCUGUACAAGCAGGACAUGACAGUUGUGCAAUUCUUCUAAUUCAAAAUGGUGCGUGUACGAAUAUCAACAUUGUGUAUCCCCCUGAAAAAGUCUCGACAAAAGACCUUGAAAAUGAAGAAGGAAAGCCUGUGAAGCCAAUCUGGAAGUACUGUCCCACAAUCUUACCACCUCCUAAACCAUUUGAAUACUCAUUAUUUCACAAAGUUGUAGAAAAUGGAUGGCAAGGUGUCGUGUUUUUACUCAUGGAACAGUGGGAAUUAAAACGAUAUGAAUAUGCUAGUGCUGUUAACAGUGCAUUAGAAGCAUAUGCGUAUCAAUUAGUGUCAAGCAUGUUACGAAAACAGAAAGACCACAGUAGACUACAAGUGAUUAUUAAGAAAGCUAGGAAUCUUCUGCAUACAUUGGCACUAACUGGUAGUCAAGAUACUGAUGAACAUGUUCAAGAUCAGUGUCUGAAGAUAGGGGCAGACUUAUUGACACAUGGUCUUAAACUGACAGUCCGAGAUGUCUAUGGUUGUACUCCUAUACAUUAUCUGGCAGUUAUGCAGAAUAAUAAAUUAUUGAAACUGUUUCUUGAGAAAUGUGCAAGUCAAGUGAAAGAGUGUGUAACGAUAGCAGAUAACAAGGGUAGAUUACCAAUAAUAUCAUUACUUUGGGACAGUGUGUUUGAUGAACAGACCAAAGAUAUGAUAAAGCUAUUGAUAGAAAAUGGGGCCACCUUGAACUGUGCAGGAGUAUUCCCCAAGAUAGAAUACAAAAUAUUUCAAGAUCAGAACAUCACAGGUUAUGACGCUGAGGAAUGGUUUGUAUCAUCGGCUGCAGGACAACAAGAAUUAACACCCCUAAUAGUAGCUAUUCAUAGGAAGAACUUCCAAGCCAUCAAAUUCUUACUUCAAAAUGGUGCAGACGUGAAUUACUGUGAUAAGAAUAAAAUGUCACCACUUAUGCAUGCAGCAAAACAGGGUGAUAUAGAAAAUGUAAAAUUGCUGUUAGAUACUGACUAUGAGAUGAAAGUGGUGGCAGCGACGACGCAAGGAUUCAGAUAUGGUGUAUUUGGACGGAGACCCUUACAUUCAAACAGACUAAGGGGAACACAUGGAGCUGUUCCACCAGUGUCAUUUGGAUUAUAUAAAAGUGUUAGUGAUGAUAACAGUAAUGAAGACUCUGACAAUGAAGAUGAAGAUGAGGAUGAGGAACAUGAAGAAUCAAUGGAGGAAGAGGAGGAAGAAGAAGAGAAAGACAAAGAUGAGAAGAAAGAAAAAUUUGAAAAGAAGAGCAGUGUGGACUUGGCAGCAGUGGACAAUCAGGGACGGACUGUUAUGCACCAUAUAAUGAAAACAUGUGACUUUGGUACUUAUGAAAAUACCGAUAUUUUACAAUUAUUAUUUGAUGUUGGAGCUGCAUUAAAUGUGAAUGAUGAUAAAGGCAAGAGUCCACUGGAUUAUGCCUUAAAUAGUCAUUCUGUGAAGAUGGCCACGAUGAUACAGAAACUAUUAAAAUCGGAUGUUUUGGUCAAACCAUCGGUAGUGGUAGAGAGCUGCAAUGAUGGCAUCAAAUGGGAUACGGAGAUGCCAGAUUUUCGUGAAGAUGCCCAACAGAUGAUUAAAGAAUACACUGAAGCGGAAACCACUGAGAUGGAAGUGGAAGAGACCAAAGAGAAAGAAGAAAAAACUGAUGAAAGCGGCGAUAAGAAUGAUAAUGCAGAAGAGACUGUGAAAAAACCAACAACAAAGAAAGUUCCAAUGGCUGAAAUUGACAAGUUAUCAGAACUUCAGAACAAUGGUGAGGUGUUAGUAGACAAGUCUCAGGGUAUACCUUAUGAUGUACUACUUACCAAAGUAGAUGUUAACUAUGGUAAAUGGGGAAUGAACAACUUUUAUAAAAUGCAGUUAAUACAUCAGAAAGGCAAAGAAAUAUAUGUGCUCUUCACACGGUGGGGUCGCAUAGGUGACGAAGGCAACUUUCAACGAACUCCUUUUCAAAAAACAGAAGACGGGAUUAGAGAAUUUUGUAAAAUUUUCAAAUCCAAGACUGGAAAUCUCUGGUCUCAAGUCUCAAGUUUUGAGAAGAAACCGAAGAAGUACUCUUUAGUGAAGUCUGAGAGGAGGAGAAUUCAAAAGAAGACAUUAACAGAGUUGGAUAUUAAUUUAAAAUCGGACAUUCCUUCUAAACUUCCAGACGAUGUGAAAGAUGUAUAUGAACAAUUGACCAGUUUUAGUAUGUUAAAAGCAGCAUUGAGGAAUACUAAUGUGAACACCUCAUAUAUGCCAUUUGGAAGGAUUCCCAGAGAUGUGCUGGAACAAGCUAGAGAAAUUUUAAAUCGAAUAAGGCCAUUAGUUGAUGAAGUUGAAAAGCAACAAGAUGAAGGUUUUCCUGAUCUACAUCAAUACCAAGAAACUAUGGAAAAAGUGGCUGAUCUGAGUAGUGAAUAUUUUCAGCUGGUACCCUCGGCCAAUUACGUCUACGAAGAGUUAACACCAUUAAAUGAACCAGAUGCAUUAAAAGCAGAAGUCAAUAAAAUUAAUAAUUUACUUGACCUUGAAGUUGCAAGCCGGGUAUUGCUUGGUGCACAGCUGAAAGCAAAAGAAAUAAAUCCUUUAGAUUAUGUAUAUAGAAGUACUGACUGCCAAAUGAAGGUGCUUGAUAAACACAGUUUAGAGGCCCAACAUAUUUUAAAAUAUAUUCAGAAUACAUGUUCAGGCAGAGUCAGAGUACAGGGUAUAUUUACUUUACAAAGACAAGGUGAAGCAGAGAAACUUAAUAACUGCGAUCUUGACAAUCACAUGUUACUUUGGCAUGGUACAAGUCCUGCCAAUCUUAUUAGCAUACUCAUGAAAGGGCUGUUAGUGGCACCAGCUGAGGCUCCAGUUACCGGAUAUAUGUUUGGAAAGGGAAUUUAUACCUCAGAUACUUUCCAGAAAAGUGAAGCUUACUGUCAUUCAUAUGGAUCAAAGAGUUUAUCAAGCAAAUUUAUGUUGUUAACAGAGGUUGCACUUGGUAAAGUGAAAGAGUAUACAGACUGUUGUUACAUGGAGUCUGCAGCCAAGGGAUCAAAUAGUACCAAAGGUUUGGGUGAAUAUGGACCAGAUAGUAAACACAACUUGUUAACUCCAUCAGGAGUAAUCAUACCCCAGGGUGAGAAGGUUAUGAAUAAACAUCCUCAGAAAGAUGAAUGCUUUAACUUAACCUUCAAUGAAUAUAUUGUAUACAAUGAAGACCAAGUGUGUCUCCGAUACCUUGUCAUGUUUGACAGUUAAGUUAAUAGACUGAGGCUGAUGGUAAACUAAGGGGACAGAGAAGUGCAUCAACUAUGACCAAAAGUCGUAUUGGUUUACAAGUUCGUGAUCCCAAAACAGCCACAGUGGAUUAUUUUUUUUUGUAUUGUACCGUGAUAUUGAAUUCUUACAUUUGUAAAUGUAAUUUUUUUUACAUGAGCAAACUCUGUUCAUGUUUGAAUUUUUUUAAAUGCAGAUUGUUACCUUGAGGUUUGAAUGCUGGGAAGGUUAUAGAUGAUCUUUGAGUCGAUACCUGAAUUUAACAAUGGGAGCGAAAAAUUUACUAAAAUCUAUCAAUAAAUAUUUUUAACCAUAUAUAAUACUUUUCUUCUUUGGAUUAUCUUGGCUUCAAAAAUUGUCAAGUCAGUAUACACCAAUCACACUGGUUGUUAUAAAAUAGUCUGACUAAUAUGUGAGGAA